AUGACUGACAGUGGUGUAUGCGAGGUCAAAACGAAAAAAAUAAAACUAGAUGAGAAGGAAGACGGGGAGAAACCAACUGAAAGCCUGUCGGAAGGGAAGUUGAUGGAGUUACCCAGGAAGAAGUUUUAUCGACAACGAGCACAUGCAAAUCCGUUAUCCGACCGUGAUAUGUUUCAUCCAGCAACACCGGAGACGUAGGAAGCUUGGGUAUUUUUAAAAUAUUACUUUAGGAUGAAUUGGAGCGAAUUCUUUGGUCCUUCUUUCACUGGCGAUUCGUCGAAGGUACGAAACGCGGAUAUUGGAUGUGGCUACGGUGGCCUUUUAUUUAAGCUCUCGGAAAUAUUUCCGGAUGAAUUCUCAGUGGGAUAUGAGAUUAGGCAUAAAGUAAUUUUAUUACCUAAAUUUUAGAAUCUCUGUUAAGGUUAGCAAAUACGUCCAAGACAAGAUUACGGCCCUGCGUCACAAUGAGCCUGGAAAAUGGGAGAAUAUAUGUUGUCUUCGUACGAAUGCGAUGAGGUUCUUGUCUCAUUUCUUCCAGAAAGGCCAAUUGUCAAGGAUGUUCUUUUUGUACCCGGACCCGCAUUUCAAGAAGAGCAAACAUAAGUGGAGAAUUAUCUCGAUUCCUUUAAUUUCUGAAUAUGCUUACUUGAUCAAGGCCGGAGGUAAGUUGCACUUGAAGCGAUUUAUAAGUUUUUAAAGGUAUUUUGUACACGGUCACCGAUGUCCUGCAAUACCAUGAAUGGGUAUUAGAGAACUUUGCCGCAACUAAGUUGUUCGAGAAGAUUUCAGACGAAGAACUGAAAGAUGAUCCGAUCUUUCCUUUUAUCUUUGAUUCGUCUGAAGAAGGAAAAAAAGUGACCAGAAAUGAAGGCUCCAAAUAUCACGCUGUAUACAGAAGAACAGCCAUCGAACCUCAAUUUGAACCCAAUUUCGAGAAGAAGGACCAAGAUCAUGACGAAGGUGGUGAAGUCGAGUCUGAGAGGGACACUGAAGAAGCCGAGCUAAGCUCAAGUGAUGCCAAGCCAACCGUGGAUUUAUAA